AUGGCUGCAGCUACGCCUAUCCUCGAAAAGCACCCUCGAGGGCCUGCAGAACCACAUCAGUUAGAUGCUCGCAGUGCAGAUUGUGCUUACAGUGUUUGCAAUGGAGGCUGUGGCCAGUGUAGUGGUGGUUCUAAUUUUUCAGAUCUAUAUAGCAAUAGCAAUUCGUAUUCUAAAAAUGCGCCAUGGCAGCGAAGGAACUGUGUUUUGAUGGCGCUUGCUCCAGAGAAGACAGAGCGAGUGAGCCGCGACAACCUCCCACUGCCUUGGGAAACGGAGGGCCAAGGACAAUUGACAGCAUCGAGGCGGACAUUUGGUACGGGUCUCGGUAUAGGCACCAACAGAGAAUCGCAAAUGGUCGCCAAAAAUGAGCCACGAAGCGAUGAAGUGACGUUUUUGGCAUUUGAUGAUAAAGUCUUCCCAGAUCGCAACUGUUGGUGGUAG